AUGGCGACCGCCGUUGACGACGACUACGUUGGAUUGAGACCGCACCGGCAUUUUGCUUUCGCGCAUGGAUGGAUUUUCAGCAGCAGCGAGCGAGUUACACGAGAAAUCAUGGAUCGGCUCUGGCACGAUCGCACGGGAUGGGCCUCCUCAGACCCGGCGACAGCCAUGCAGGACAGUGUCGCCCAAAAGUCGAAAGACGGUGCCGUUGCAUGCUUGGAUGACGGCGAGCAGGCGCCGCCUGGCAAGGCGGCGAUAUCGGCGGCCCGCGAUGGGCCUGGCGCGCCUGCUGUCGCCACGAAUAACGGGGCGGAGGCACCACCUCGCGCGCUGUUUCAUCCGAUCAAGGUGGACGACAUGCACGCGGAGAUGGACCGCCUGCGACUCGAGCUGUGGGCGGCGCGCAUAGAGUGCAGCGAGCUAAGGGGUCAACUAGAGGCGCGGUCGGAGCGCGCGCUGGAGGAGGAGCGCCUGGCGGGCGCGAGGAGCGCGCGGGAAGAGGCGCAGCGGCAGGUGGAGGAGGCGAGGGGCGAGGCGGCGGCGGCGAGGCGCGAGGCGGAGCGGGCGAGGCGGUACCACGAGGAGGAGGUGGCCGUGCUGCUCGGCGCGCACCGCGACAAGGAGGCGCUCUGGCAGCGCAAGGUAGCCGCGGGGGGCAAGGUAGCCGCAUGGGGGGGAAAGGAGGUGGAGUUGGAGCACGAGCUGCGCCACCUGCGCCACCGACUGGCCGACGCACGCAACGCGCUGAGUGUGGCGGAGGCGUGUGCGCAGGGCGCGCGGGAGGAGGGCAGUAGCGCCGUGGCUGUGCUGCGCGGGCAGCUGGCGGGGGCGCUGCGGGCGGCGGCGGAGAGGGAGAGGGAGCAGGAGGAGGCGAUGCAGCGCGUGGACGGCGAGCUGGCGCGCCUGCAGGGGCACGCGGACGCCGCUGCGCAGCGCGAGGAGCUGGCGGCCGCGCUGAUCGACCGCCUGCACGCCGACAACGAGGCGCUCAGGGGCGCGCUGCUCGCCGCACAGGAGGGCGCGCAUGGCAGCACGGCGGCGGGCAGGGGGCGCGUGGAGCAGGAAUGCAGCAGAUUGCAGUCUCAAGCCCCACAUCCUGACGGCGCUCGUGACGGCUGUGGUGGCGGUGGUGGUGCUGCAGAGGAUGCAGAUGAAGCAAGGCGUGCGCGUGACGAGCGGGGUGGAGCCAGUGGGGUGCACGGUGGGCAGCCUGCAGCCUGUGCGCGGGGGUCAAGGGGAGCAGGGGGGUCAAGGGGAGCAGGGCGCGCAGAGAUGCAGGCGGGCAGCAGGGAAUGGGGGGAGGGGGGUGCGCAUGGUGGUGCAUUUGAAGGGAGAGCGUGGGCGAGUGCGGUGGGCGGGGAAGAGCCUGAGGGCCCACCGGAGCAGUGGCACGAGAGUGGUGGCAGUGAGCAGCGUGCUGCAGACGCUGACAGCGCGUGCGGCGUGGAGGAGCGGCGUGGCGGCGAGUACGAGUCAGCGUUCACGCUGCCGGUGCCCCGGCAGGGCGCGUGGAGUCGUGCCAAGCAGGCGGUGGCGCAGUACUAUGGGGGGAGCGCAGGCGAGGAGGGCGAGCAGGAGCAGCGCGAGGGGGAGCUGGAGGAGGUGCUGGAGGAGAACGCGCGGCUGGAGGAGCAGGUGCGCGCGCUGCAGGCGCAGGUGGGCAAGGCUCAGCGCGUGGUGGCAUGGCAGGGGCGGCUGCGGCAGCGCGUGCUGCAGCUGCGCGUGUGUCUGGAGCUGACGAGCAAGGUGGUGGACGUGAAGGACCGCGCCCUCGAGCUCGCCGUGCACCGCGCCCGCGCCGCUGAGGCCCGCUGCUCCCACCUCGACCGCCGCCUGCACCUCCUGCUGCCCGCCGCGAGCUCUGCUGCCGCCGCUGGCCUGGGCGAGCACGGCAGCUCCCAAGCUGCCAGGGGGGCAGACGGCUGUGGGGACAUGGCGGGGACUGGGCUGCAGGGAAAAUGUGCAGUGGCGGAGAUUGAGGCUGUGGGCGAGGAUGCGGCAGGGGUGCAGCACGGAGGAGAGGCAGGUGCAGCGUCAAGGCAUGAGGAGGGGGGCGCCCAGGAGGAGGGCAGCCCGGAUGGUGCUGAGGAGGGGGCGGGCGCAGCAGCGGUGGAGGCGCGUGGUGAGCAGCACGUGGUGGCAACGGUGUCCACCAGCAGCUCAGGGCGGGCCGGCAUGCGUCGCAGGACCAGGAGCAGGGGCCGCGUGCAAGGCGGCAGUGAGGCGAGUGGAGAGGAAGAGGAGUGGCCGGCGGUGGGGCUGAAGGAGCUGCAGGCGAGGCGGGACGUGCUGCUGAUUGCCAUGCACGGGCUGAGGGAGCGCGCAGCACUGGCUGCGGAGAUGGGGCUGCGAGCGGCAGCGGUGAUGGGGCGGCAGGGCAAGGACAAGCGUGCAGAGGUGAGCGAGAUGCUGGCAGCCGUGGAGGGCGAGGCUGACGAGGUGCGUGUGCUGAUUGAACGCACAGAGAGGGUGGUGGCCCGCAUGGCAGCACUGGAGCGAAGGGGGAAGGUCCUGGAACGCAAGAUGGAGAGCAAGCGGGUCAAACUAGUCCAUUUGGAGAAUAAGUUCCACCUGGCUCCCAAGCCAGCUGGUGUUAAGUUGACCUGCUUCUCGUGGAGGCUGAGAUUCAUAUAG